CGGAGGUUGCAGCUUGGUGGGCCGUGAUAGCACCAGGACGCCAGCAUCAGCAUCAGAGCUUCUACACCCACAGUGAUAGCACUGUGAAGUCCUCAGCACCAUGACAUCGCUAGACCCACCGACGUACCUCACCUCGAUCCAGAACAACAUCCGCGCCCGGCCAAUAUCAUGGGAAGGCGCAGUGCGGGCCAAGACCAUCACUGAUGCAGACCUCAAGAAGAUCAAGUCAAUCGACAAAGUGCGCAAAGAGCAGCGGAAACAGACGAUUGAGUCGGACGUAGACAGCUUUGUAGCGCUGUUAUUGGGCGGAAAUGGGUCACAGAGCAUCUUCGAAGCGGCGGCGAAACGUCAGGAUAUCAUCCAUUACAUGCUGGUGCUGCUCGGAGACAUGAUUGAUGAUAUUCCCGCUCUCACAACAGCGCUCGUCCAGCAUCAAGCCCCCUAUAAGCCCUUUCUACCCCUUCUGAAAGCUUCGUCUAACAACGAAGACCCCGUCCCCUUGCUCACGUCCUCUGUGCUCUCGGGUCUGCUAUCCUACGCUGUUGUCCAACCCUCGAAGAAUACCUCCCAGCUGGACGAGGCUCUGCCCCAGCUCUUCAGUUACCUCUCCACGCUUGCCAAGGCAUCAGAUGCUGGUCUACAGGAUAUUGCUGUGCGUGAAUACUCGGCGGUCCUCCGCAGCACCAAGUCUCGGCAUAUCUUCUGGAAGCAAAGAAAGGAGACUUUCGACCCUCUAGUUGCGAUCCUGCGAGCAGCAGCAGGGUCCGCCAAAGACGCGGACUCAACACUCUACAGCGGCAAUGGCAGCAUUCGUAGUGCGCCAGAUGGCGGGCUUUCUGGUGGUGUAGGAUUACAGCUACUAUACCAUGUACUGCUUGUUAUUUGGCAGCUAAGCUUUGAGGGCGAGCUUAUCGGCGAGGGCCUGCAAGAUGAGCAUGAUAUCGUCAUUCUGUACACGCAGCUUUUGCGCGUGUCUCCCAAGGAGAAAACCACCCGUCUCCUGCUAUCAACUCUUCUGAACCUCCUGACUGCAAACCGACAAACGCUUCUACCAACAGCGGUUCUUGCCCGCCUGCCGGCGCUUCUCAACAGCCUAAAAUCACGCCAUCUGACAGAUGAAGACGCUCUCGAGGAUCUACAGUCUCUGAACGACCUGCUAGAGGAGUACACCAAGACGCAAACUACGUUCGACGAGUACGCCGCCGAGAUCCAGUCCGGUCACCUUCGCUGGUCCCCACCUCACCGCAACCCCACCUUCUGGCGCGAAAAUGCGCGCCGUAUCCUCGAAGAGAACAAGGGAGAGUUACCCCGAAAGCUUGCUGGGAUCUUAUCGAAGAACUGGGAGAAUGACAAGCAGGUGCUAGCCAUUGGAUGCAACGACGUCGCAUGCUUGGUUAAGGAAGUGCCCGAAAAGAGACAACAGCUCGAGAAGCUGGGUCUGAAGGGCAGGGUCAUGGAGCUUAUGCAAGAGCCGGAUGAGAGCGUCAGGUGGGAGAGCCUGAGAGCCGUGGGCGAAUGGCUGCGGUACAGCUUCGAGUCUAAGAGUGAAUUACCGAUAAGAUAGCCAGAUGAGUGGACCUGACGGUCUGAGUACUUGAGCGUGUAAGUGCUUUCUGUACGUAUUAGCGCACUCAUAGAGUGCUAGGAUAUUUCAGUACAUUGCCGGCGUGACGUCUCCACAUCAUGCACAUAAGCGUACAUCAACAAUAAGCAAGGUUCUUUCUCAUCCUCUUGCCUACUCUUCCCGCC